AUGGUGCUCGGUGAACUGGGCUCCGCCCUCGCCGGUGCGCUGCGCAAGCUGGGCGAGCACACCGUCGUGGACGAGGAGGUCAUGGACGCAUGCCUGAAGGAGGUCACCAAGGCGCUCCUCCAGGCCGACGUCAACGUGCAGUACGUGGUGCAGAUGAAGAAGAACAUCGUGAAGCAGGUGAACAUACAGGAGCUCGCCGCGGGUCUCAACGCGCGUAAGCUGCUCGAGAAGGCCGUAUUCAACGAGCUGGUGAACAUGCUCGAGGGCGGCGGUGCCGAGGUCAAGGAGAAGUUCGUCCCGAAGAAGGGCAAACCCAACGUGGUCAUGUUCGUCGGCUUGCAGGGAUGCGGCAAGACGACGACGUGCACCAAGUACGCGUACCACUUCCAGAAGAAAGGGUACAAACCCGCGCUGGUGUGCGCCGAUACCUUCAGGGCGGGAGCGUUCGAUCAGCUCAAGCAGAACGCCACGAAGGCGCGGAUCCCCUUCUACGGCAGCUACACCGAGACGGAUCCGGCGAAGAUCGCGGCGGAUGGCGUCGAGCGAUUCAAGGAUGAGAAGAACGACCUGAUCAUCGUCGACACGUCGGGCAGGCACAAGCAGGAGGACUCGCUGUUCGAGGAGAUGCGUCAGGUGGCGGCGGCGGUGCAGCCAGACAUGACCAUCUUCGUCAUGGACUCGUCCAUCGGUCAGGCGGCGCAGGAUCAGGCCAGGGCGUUCAAGGCGACGGUGGACGUCGGGUCGGUGAUCAUCACCAAGCUCGACGGACAUGCCAAGGGUGGCGGCGCCAUCAGUGCGGUCGCAGCCACCAAAUCGCCCAUCGCGUUCAUCGGCACGGGCGAGCACAUCGACGAGUUCGAGGCUUUCGACACCAAACCGUUCGUGUCCAGGCUGCUGGGCCUGGGCGAUUGGACUGGUCUCAUCGACAAAAUCAACGACGUGAUACCGAUGGACCAGCAGCCGGAGCUCAUGGACAAGCUCGUCGCCGGUCAGUUCACCAUGAGGAUCCUGUACGAGCAGUUCGCUAACAUCCAGAAGAUGGGCCCGAUGAGUUCGGUGAUGUCGAUGAUCCCAGGGAUGGACGGGAUGCUGCCAAAGGGCCAGGAGAAGGCGUCGCAGGCAAAGAUCAAGCGGAUGAUGUGCCUGAUGGACUCCAUGACGGACGAGGAGCUGGACACCACCAGCCUGAAGAUUCUGCAGGACCCGAAGCGAAUGGAGCGGAUCGGUCGGGGCGCGGGGCGGGGCCCGGGGGACGUGGUGGAGCUGGUGGAGGAGUACAAGCGAAUGUCGAAGAUGAUGGGGAAGAUGAAGGGCAUGAAGAUGCCGAAGAAGGGCGGGUACGGCCACUCGCAGGCGAUGGCUCAAAACAUGCAGCAGAUGGCCGGAGCCAUACCUCCGCACAUGCUGAAGCAGAUGGGCAGCAUGGCAGGUCUGCAGAACAUGAUGAAACAGUUGGAAGGAAAGGACAUGGGGAAGAUGAUGGAGCAGAUGGGUGGCAUGAAGGGCAUGGGCAAAAUGAUGAAACAAAUGGGUAUGUAG